CAAAAAGAAAAGGAAAUAAGGGGGAAAGAAAAAGAAAAAUAAAUAAAUAAAAAUGUUAACAAUUGAGAGUUUGAGACGGCUGAAAGAAGGGAAAAAACGAUUCUAAUUCUUUACGUGCAACAAGAAAAAAAAAGAAAAACAAAUUAAAAACAAACAAUCGGAUGCUUGAAGCGUGAAGCAAGAGAAGAAAAAGAAAAAUGAAAUAAUGUCUUUGACAUGUGAAAGCAUUUCAGGUGAGUGGAUCUGUUUGAUUGAUGUUUAGUAGUAAAUGUAUCUAUAUGAUUUUUUCUGACCAUAAAAUUUAGGCCUUCCACGGCCUCAGUUAUUAUGCUGGUCAUAAACCAGUAAAACCCCGACGAUCCAAGCAAAGAAUACCAUGAUUUUUGUAUGUUGUUAGCAGUUGACCCCACACCUCUUUUCUUUAUGGCAAGUAUGAAGACAGCAUAUUGAAAGAUGAUAGUAGAAGGAAUCUAGGGGGAUAAAAUGUCCAGGUUUCGUUCACUAUUGCAAGCAUCCCUUGCUGCAACUAAAAGAGCACUUACAUGGAACCUUGAAGACUUAACUCCUCCAAGUGAAAGAUAUAUUUUCAAUUUCAACUCAAAAGCUGAACUGAAAAAGUGGCAUUUAUAUUCAGAUUCUGAAUAUGGAGGUAUGUCAUCUGCUUCUCUAGAGAUUAAAGAUACAAGUGGUGGACCUAGUGCUGUUGGAAUAUUUUCUGGAAACCUCUCUCUGGAUGUUGUAGAGGGUUCAACCGGGAACAUGACUAGAAGUGGCUUUUGCGGAAUGAGGUCUAAAAAGUUUGAUGGCUUCAUUGACUUGGAUGCAUAUGACACAAUAGCAGUCAAACUGAAAGGAGAUGGGAGGAACUACAUCUCUACUAUCUACACCCAGAAUUGGGUGAAUUCUCCUGGGCAAGAGGAAGAUAACUCAUGGCAGGCAUUUGUUUUUGUACCUAAAGAUGACUGGUACAUAGCUAAGAUACCACUUUCCAUGUACGUGCCGACAUGGAGAGGAAACAUAAUAAAUGCAAAGUUGGAGAUGAAUCCAUCUCGAGUUCUGGCUAUGGCUCUAUCUGUCAAUGCAGAAGGUGGAGUCCCAGGUGCGAGGUCUGGCCCUGGAGAUUUUCAUGUGGAAAUUGACUGGAUCAAAGCCUUGCGAACAGCAUGAACAAGAGGCUGAAGCAGGUUUUACUACUUAGAAAAUGUGGUUGCAAGAGUCAACUGAGGCUGCGCUAUUUAUGAAUCCUAUCGGUUGCAGCACUUAUAUUUGUAUUGAUAAAGUACUGGAUUUCCCGCUUUCCUAGCUUGGUUGUUUUCUUCCAAUUGCUUGUGUGCUUAACUGCUUAUAAUGCAGAGGCAUAGUACUAUAGUAGUUUAGCGGUUACAUGAGUACAUACUUUCUUUGGUACUAUUUUCUUUUUUACGUUGUCACCACAAAAUAUAAACGUAAGCUUGACUGACAGAAUAUAUGUGGGACUGUGGGAGGGCCUCAGUAUUUGUGAUUAUGCUAUUCAGCAUGAAAUUGUAAUAAUUGCAAAAAAAUUGUGUUAGGACUUCGAUACACACUUUGAUGCCACACAUCACAUGUUACAUUUAAUGUGGAG